AUGUUGAGUAGCAAGCCCUACCAGUGCCAACGGUGCCCGAGGGCAUUCGCUCGUCUGGAGCAUCUCCAACGACACGAUCGCUCACAUACCAAAGAAAAACCAUUCGUCUGCCUCCAAUGCCCCAAGGCCUUCACCCGCAAGGAUCUGCUGGCUCGCCAUGAGCGACUUUCUCACAACCCGGACGCAAGCCCGGCCAGCAUUCAGACACCAACUCCAUCCCCCGCACACCCCAUUUUGGACGGGUUAGACACCUUGGCAUCGGUAGUCACAGACCAUGCCCAAUCUAACAGGUCAUUGCAGGGGUCCAAUGAGCACUAUCCAGCGUUGUCGCCGGCCGUGCACCAGACCCCGAUGCUAGGAGCUCAAUUGACUAGCACCGACACCCCCUCAGCAGGCCCCACCACUCCAAUCCCAGGCUCGGAUUUCGGGUAUACGCUGGGUGGUUUUGCACCUGGCUCCUAUGAGGGAAAUGAUUUCACCUCCUUUUUGGACAGUGUUCCCCUGCCGAGUCAUCCGUUCUCACCGGCUUACCAGCCACUCCCGCUAUUUCCACCACUGCAGUUCUCCCCGGUUCAUGACUAUGAUCAGACUUCUGAUAGAGUGUCACUUACUGAAACUGCGCCUUCAACACCUUCCAGCUCGGUGCUCCCUCGACAUGGUGCCCAGUUGCCUUCUCUCCAGCCGGAGGGAUAUCAUACUUCCGGCAAAGCACGUCAGCCUACCGGAUUCGUGCCCGUGACGGCUCAAUGCCGGGAGAAGUUCUUCAAUCUGAUGUCCGAGUAUGCCAACGUCGUACCGAAUCCGUCGCUUCCAUCUCGGCAUGCGUUAUCUCGAUGCUUGACCGGUUAUCUUACUGGUUUCCACGACCACUAUCCCAUCGUACACAUCCCGACCCUCAAUGUAGAAUCAAUGACUCUGCCGUUGUUCCUUUCAAUGGCUGCUCUCGGUGCACGCUACUGUCGGGAACCAGAAACCAGCUAUAAUCUCUAUCAGAUUGCCAAGCCUGUUACAUUGGAGCAUGUUCGCCGAGUCUUCCUGUCCGGCGUGUUACCUCCCGUCAAUGUGGCGGAUGAUACCGACACCCUUGAAACAUUGCAAGCCUUACUGUAUCUGACAUCAGUAUCUGCCUGGUUCAUCAACAACCCUCCAUACCACGAAGCCUUGAUGAUCCGCAGUCAUAUGGAAACUCUCAUGCGGAAGGGAGGACUCAAUACGCUGCCCGAGUGCGAUGGCACCUGGACUAGCUGGAUAAGAAGAGAAUGCGUGAAGCGCACAAAGCUUAUUGUGUUUUGUUUCUUCAACAUCCACACCAUCGUCUUUGAUGUCCCUCCUGUAAUUCUUACAGAGGAUUUCACGAUGGAACUACCCUGCACCGAGAAGGAAUGGCAAGCUUCGCGAGCAGAUAUUUGGCACGCCGAGCGCAUGAAGAGCCCCGGUGAACCAGAAUUCCAGGACGCCCUCUCCGCCCUCUUCAAGCCAAACAGCAACGUCCAGCGAUUCUCUUCGCUCGGCGGAUAUGUGCUCAUCCACGCAAUCCUGCAGGAUAUCUGGCUCAUGACAAAAGCAGGUCGCCUGCCAGUAUCGCGCCGGAAUCGAUUCAGUCCCUCCUCAAUCACAUCAACACCGGAACUCGUAUCCGUCGAACAAGCGCUGGAACGUUGGUGUCAGUGUUGGGAGCGCAAUCAAGAAUCUUCCGUCGACCCACUCAGCCCUCAUGGUCCACUGUCUUUCACAUCCGCAGCUCUGCUUCGUCUAGCCUACAUCCGGCUCAACGCCGACUGCGGCUCAGCGCGCCAGCUACAAACUUGGGACCCAGUCCAGAUUGCCACGAGCUUGCGUGAAAAUCUGUGCGUUCGACGUGGGGAUCGUCUCACCCGCGCUGCGCUUCAUUGUGCACACGCUCUCAGCACGCCUGUCAAGCUGGGUAUCGGCUUCGUGGCUCACUCACAGGUCGCAUUGUGGUCGAAUCAACAUGCGCUAUGCUCACUUGAGUGCGCGGUGUUACUGGCGAAGUGGCUAGAAGCAGUGACGGUACCUAACCCGAACCCACAGCUGACAGAGCAAGAGAAUCGCCUACGCGACUUCGUACUCGAGAUGGUCAUGGAGGUGCAACAUGGUGCUUCGCGAGAAUGGCUCCUUGCAACAAAUACCCGCCUUAGUGCCGCCGUUACCCGGUUAUGGGCACGGCUGUUCACGGCAGACUAUAUCUGGGAGAUGGUUGCUUUGAUUGGGAGGUCGUUGAAUAGCUAUGCAGAUUUGUUAGAGCAAUGA